AAUGUCAUUCAUAUGUUGACAAUGACAAGUUUAUGGACUUGUUUAAUAUUAAUUGUUUGUUUUUAAGUCACCGGUAAUUAUUUAUCGUGUUGUGAGAGAUUAAUUAAGUUAAUCGAUCCAGCAUGGCAAUGGCUGGUCAACCAUCAGAUGUUGAUCAGUUAGAUCUAUUGCUCAUGGAGGAUGACGGAUUCUCGAUGCCAUUACCUGAUUUUGAAUCAGAACCUCAGCUACUUAUUUCAAAGGUUCGAAAACAUUACAUGGAAUAUGUAAUCAAACUCCUGUCAAAUAAUUAUGAAACCCACCAAAAACUUGUCAACAAAAAUAUAUAUCUUCCCAGUGCCAUUUGGAGAUGUGCUAAAAAUAUAGAAUUGUCUGCAGCCAAAGCCUGCAUGGUAGUGCAGCUCUACAGGAAGCAUAUUGUUGUUGCGGUGAAUGAGUUAAAAAGGGACACAGCUAAAGGAAAGUUGAACAAGAAAUUGUACAGCUAUUUACACAAGCCACCAGAAAAUGAUAAAAAAACUCAAACAUCAAAUACAAUGAAAAAUGUUAAUUGUCAAUGUUCCCAUGUGAAACGCAAGAGACAUAGAGAGUCUACAUCACCAAAGCAAGAUGACAAACAACUGUCUAGUUUAGUCAGUAAUGAUAAAUCUAAUACACCAGUUGCAGCUAACUCCCACUGUCAGACUGCUUACCCACCUCUAGCUAGUAAUAACUUACCCCCAAUGCAGACACAGACAGAAGUUCCAACAGUGGAGCCAGUCCAACACAUGGCCCCACUACAAAACAAAAGAAUGUCAGUAGAAUCUCAAGACUCCGAUGAAUUAAUGAUGCAGCUAGAAAAACUAUUUCAAGGAGAUGCCAAUGAUGAUGACCUGUUUGAAGGAGCCCUCUAUGACAAAUUAGAUACGACCCAAGAAGAUCAAACUAAGAAAAAUACUACAUUAUUAGAUAACACUGUAAAUAACUCUAGGCAGGAUGCAGUUAUUGAAAAUCAUGCGGCUCAAAUAAGAUCACUAGAUGAGAGGCUGGCCAACUUGGCGGGAAUGCUAGUGAGUAAUGAUAAUAAUGUGCCACAGAAGACUGAUGUACAGAAACAAAGGAGAAGUGGCUCAAGCAAGUGGUUAUGUGAGGAAUACUUCUUGAAGCAAAAGCUACAUGAACUACUGGACCAAAUUGGGGACACUGAUAGAAAGGCACUGGAUAAGAUCAAAGAAAAAUUUGCAUAUCUAUUUGGUUAUGAUAGUGAUGAUGAAGAAAUUCUUUCACCAUUGGAUGAAACUCCAGAAUUUGUAGUCAGUUGUAAGGAGCGCAUAGCACCCUGGGUUGUAAAGCUACUAACUCCUUAUUACAUAAAGGGCCAUAUCAAGGGCAAAGGGAUAUUUAAAGCUUUAGCUAAGCAUUUAAUCAGACUUAUAUACCAGUGCAGCCGAUAUCCAGAGGAAUAUGAAGUCACCAGUUUUGUGUCAGAUUUCUUGAAGAAUCACAAAACAAUCAGGUGUGAGGCAGACUUUAAAGAAUUCAGAAUUGAAAAUAUAUAAGUUCUAUUUUUGAUAGCAAUGUUCAUGUGGCCUAGACAAGAAACAGUGUGAAACAUUGUGUGCAUGUCAGCACUAAAGUGCUUUAUUAAUGCUCUCAAGGAGUUUAAAUAUAUAACAAAAUUAAUUAUUCAACAAAUAUUUUAUUAAACUGCCUAAUUAUUA